CUUAUCUCCAACGCCACCUCAGAACCUACAAAGAACAUAUCACCAAUUCAGCUGCUCACAGCUCAGUCUUUUUCAGUAUCUUCUGCUCUGUGUACAUUUACAAACCCUAAUCCCCUGAUUUCAAUUCCAAUGGCACAUCCCAUGGAAUUCGUUUCUCUUCCCAAUAAGCCCGUCUCGACUCCAAUUCGUUCUUUUGCUCACCCUCUCUUUGGGGUUUCAAUUUCCGUCUCCGCUCUCAGAAACCACGGACGUGGAAUUUCGUUUCGAUCGAUUCGUCCAAGAAAUAUCUGCUCGGCGUCGGGUUCCGAUACCUUGGUUUCCAGUUCGCGCGGCAAUGGGGUUUUGGCCAAGGAGGAGGAGGAUAAGGUUGGGGACUUGAAAUCUUGGAUGCACAAUAAUGGACUCCCUCCCUGCAAGGUCGUUCUGAAAGAAAGGCCUUCGCAUGAUGACCAGCUUAGGCCCAUACAUUAUGUUGCUGCUAGUGAAGAUCUUCAGGCCGGUGAUGUUGCUUUUUCGGUGCCAAAUUCCCUUGUUGUGACCCUUGAAAGAGUUCUGGGGAACGAGACGAUUGCGGAGCUGUUGGCCACACAUAAGUUGUCAGAACUGGCAUGUUUAGCGCUGUAUUUGAUGUACGAGAAGAAGCAAGGAAAGAAGUCAUUCUGGUAUCCCUACAUACGAGAGCUUGAUCGUCAGCGAGGGAGGGGUCAAUUAGCUGUUGUAUCUCCACUUCUAUGGUCAGAAGCUGAAUUGGCUUACCUGACAGGUAGCCCAACUAAGGCUGAAGUUCUUGAAAGAGCUGAAGGAAUUAAAAGAGAGUACAAUGAGCUUGACACAGUCUGGUUUAUGGCUGGUUCUCUGUUUCAGCAAUAUCCAUAUGAUAUACCUACCGAGGCAUUUUCAUUUGAGAUUUUUAAACAAGCUUUUGUUGCUGUUCAGUCCUGUGUUGUGCAUUUGCAGAAUGUCAGUUUGGCUCGGAGGUUUGCUUUGGUUCCUCUGGGACCGCCAUUGCUAGCUUACAUUAGCAACUGCAAAGCAAUGUUAACUGCUGUCGGUGGUGCCGUCGAACUAAUAGUUGAUCGUCCAUACAAAGCAGGGGAGUCCAUUGUUGUCUGGUGUGGACCACAACCUAAUUCAAAAUUGCUUCUGAACUAUGGUUUUGUUGAUGAAGAUAAUUCUUAUGAUCGUAUAAUGGUUGAGGCAGCUUUGAAUACUGAGGAUCCUCAGUAUCAGGACAAGAGAAUGGUUGCUCAACGAAAUAGCAAACUAUCAGUACAAGUCUUUCAUGUUUAUGCUGGAAAGGAAAAGGAAGCAGUUACAGAUAUGCUUCCUUAUUUGCGACUGGGUUAUGUGUCAGAUCCGUCAGAAAUGCAAUCUGUUAUUUCAUCUCAAGGUCCAGUUUGUCCAGUGAGCCCCUGUAUGGAACGAGCUGUGUUGGACCAACUUGUCGAUUAUUUCAAGAAACGCCUGGCUCGCUACCCGACGACGCUUACUGAAGACGAGAUUUUGUUGGCAGAUUGUAACUUGAACCCAAAGAAGCGAGUUGCUACUCAGCUUGUCAGGUUGGAGAAGAAAAUGCUAAAUUCAUGUCUUCAGGCUACUGUCGAUUUGAUUAGCCAGUUACCUGACAUUUCUGUCUCUCCAUGCCCUGCUCCUUAUGCCCCGUUGUUGAAAUGAAAGGAAGUGCCUCCCACUUUUGGCAAGCUUGCAAAAUGUGCAGUACUUUGGUUCUAGUUCCUGUGGGAUAUAAUAAGCCAGAUAGAUAAGAGCUGCUUGUAUUUCUUUAGGCAACCGAAUUUGUAAAGUUCCUGACUGGCUCCAAGAGGAGAUGAUCAUAUUUCCCAUUAAAGUGGUUGAAGCUACUAGCUCUAUAGUGUUUCACGUCUACAGUGGCAUUGCACUCAUUCUCCCUCUGAAUUUUGCUAUUUCCCCUCGGACUUUGCCAACUACCUAUCCUCCAAGGCCGCAACUUAAGCAACGAUCAACCAUCGCUUGUAAAUUAAGAACAUGUUUGUCAGCAACAGACUGUAUAGCCCCGUGGAUGCAACUUUCGAGUAAUGUUGGUGAUUGUUUGUAAAUUUAACAUUGUUCCAGUGGUUUCUGUAGUUUUCUUGUGUUUGAUAUACCAAUCGUGGCGGUUUGGAACAAUAGCUUUCAGAUGGGUAGGAGGCUUUCAUAAUCUUUGUCCUUUAAUUGUUGUUCUGUUUAAGAAAUCUAGGGAUGAACCUUAGGCUGGAUAUAAUUUAUCGGGAUGAAUUAUGGUUAUUCAGAA